UUUUUGGAGUUUUUUUUCUUUUGAAGAGGUGGAUUUCAAUUGAGGUCGCUGGCGAUUCUGCGGUGGUUUUGAGAGGCGUUUAAGGUUGGGUAAAACCCGGGGAAGACAAGUUGUAGACAACACGGCUAUACUUAGAGUAAAUCGGUCUGUAAUCCAUGUCCGGUAUGUACGUAGCAAGGGUUGUGUGAUUGGGACCAACCAUUUGCCGCACGGCGGACGUGGCGCUUUGCCUUCUGAAGGCGGUAGUCCUUCUGACCUCCUCUUCCUUGCCGGCGGCGGUUUAUACUAUUAGCUUACCUCUUCUGUAAAUAUUGUAGAAUUAUAUUAUACAGUUUGAUUAUUGCCUAAUUUGAUAAGGAUCUGGACGUUUGGGGUUUGUGGGUCUUCUUUGUAAUUGCUGAAGAAAAGUAUAUAUAUUAAGAGAUCUAAAGAUGAUGCUAAGGAUCAAGAGAGUUCCUACUAUUGUUUCCAAUUUCCAAAAGGAAGAGGCGGACGAAGACUCUCGCCAUGCCGGCGGCUGUGGCCGCAAUUGCUUGAGAAGCUGCUGUCUUCCAGGGGCAAAGCUGCCUAUGUAUGCUUUCAAGAAGAUGAACAAGAUUGAAGUUGAAGAGAAAUCAGCCGGCUCUGAAAACAAACAGCCUCCUGUUCCCUUCCUGGACUCCCUUCUUCUUGGGGAGUGGGAGGAUAGGAUGCAGAGAGGCCUCUUUCGCUAUGAUGUCACUGCUUGCGAAACCAAGGUGAUUCGGGGUCUGUAUGGCUUUAUUGCUCAACUGAAUGAAGGCAGGCACCUCAAGAAGAGACCAACUGAGUUUCGAGUUGAUAAGGUCUUGCAGCCCUUUGAUGAAAAUAAGUUCAACUUCACUAAGGUUGGGCAAGAGGAAGUCCUCUUUCAAUUCGAACCAAGCAUGAACAAUGAAGUCCAGUUCUUUCCAAAUGCACCUGUUCAUAUCAAGAAUUCUCCUAGCGUUGUUGCCAUCAAUGUUAGUCCUAUUGAAUAUGGACAUGUUCUUCUAAUCCCUCGGAUUCUUGAAUGCUUGCCUCAAAGGAUUGAUCGGGACAGCUUCUUGCUUGCGCUCUACAUGGCUGCAGAAGCCGAAAACCCCUACUUCCGCUUGGGUUACAAUAGCUUGGGUGCAUUUGCAACCAUCAACCACCUUCAUUUCCAGGCCUACUACUUAGCUGUGCAAUUCCCCAUUGAAAGGGCUCCCACUAGGAAGAUAACCACUACAAGUAGGGGUGUGAAAUUCUGUGAUAUUCUCAAUUAUCCAGUCAGAGGUCUUGUUUUUGAGGGUGGAAAUACUCUGGAGGAAUUAUCCAAUGUCGUCUCUGACUCCUGCAUUUGCUUGCAAGAAAACAACAUUCCUUAUAAUGUUCUUAUUGCUGAUUCUGGAAAACGAAUUUUCGUCAUCCCACAGGUGAAUUGUUUGCUUCCGUGCCACUUUUUUGAAACCCUAUUUAACAUU